CGCGCACUUAGCAUCUGCGAUAUACAAGAGAAAUUCCGUCCUGUGGUUUGGGAAUAUGCUUCCAUUAACCAAAUAUGGGAUCUCAAGGUUAUUUUUUACUUUGAUUUAUUAAUUAAUUUUAAUCAACAGUAUAUCAACAACCCAAAAACUCCUCCGUUUCGCAUCCAUCCUCUCGAUCCCAAUCUACGCCACCACGCAGAACUCGGCUCGUCUGGGCCCGACAUGUCCUGA